UCGCUUAGACAUUCAUACACAUACACACAAACUGCAACAAGAGGUGGAAAGUCAGCCAAAAGGGCUUUAAACAUUUCAAAGUUUCCAUUUGCAGAAGCAAUGGGGAAACGUGGCAGGCCAAGGAAAGAAUUCAAAUGUGAAGGUGAUGCUGGGGAAGCUGUUCUAGGGCAGCAGCAGCAACUGCCAGUGAUAGAUGAUACGUCCAGGUGCCCGUUCAGUGACAUUUUCAACACCAGCAGUGAGGACUCCAUGGAGAAGAUCAACACUUUCCUACAGAAUGUGCAGAUUUUGCUGGAAGCAGCCAGCUACCUGGAAAAAAUCGAGAAAGAAAACAAAAAGUGUGAACAUGGGUAUGCCUCAGCCUUCCCUUCCAUGACAAGUUUUGGGCUGCAGGACCCAAAGCCACUGCAGAGACUGAGCCGGUCAAGAAAGCACAGCAGUGGAGGCAACAGCACAGGCACUACAAACAGGUCUACGCACAAUGAACUAGAAAAGAAUCGACGAGCCCAUCUCCGCCUGUGUCUAGAACGCUUAAAAGUUCUGAUACCACUAGGACCUGACUGCACCAGACACACAACCCUUGGGCUGCUUAACAAAGCCAAAGCACAUAUCAAGAAACUUGAAGAAGCUGACAGGAGAAGCCAGCAUCAGCUUGAGAACCUGGAAAGAGAGCAAAGGUUCCUAAAGCGACGAUUGGAGCAACUGCAGAGCCCUCAGGACAUCGAGCGAAUACGAAUGGACAGCACUGGAUCAACCAUGUCCUCAGAUCGCUCUGAUUCAGAGCGAGAAGAAAUUGAAGUGGAUGUGGAAAGCACAGAAUUCUCCCAUGGAGACGUGGAUGAUAUCAGCACAACCAGUACAAGUGACAUUGAUGACCACAGCAGCUUGCAGAGCACUGGGAGUGAUGAGGGUUACUCCAGUGCUAGUGUCAAGCUCUCCUUCAUUUCCUAGAGCCUGGUGCUAGAGCAGAGCAACUGGUUUCUUUGGGGCAACUGAAUUUCAUAUGGCAGAGCUCUUAAGAUACAUUAUUUUUCUUACCCAACCCACCCUUCAACAGCUAAGCUUGGACAGACACAACUUUAGAAUAGCUCCAUGGGUCCACGGAAGAGUGGGAACCUAGUAGGGGAGCCAACUAGCCUUUAUUUGAUCAUAGCCCAAAAUUUCUGACUUAGUGAUAAACCUUAAUUAUUUUGAAAUCCAGGACACCACUCCAGUUGCACAUAGCUGGACUGAGAUUUUCCUGUCAGCAAUGGAUAACUAUAGUGAGAGAAUAUUUGAGUGGAUAAACUUGGCUGUUCAGGCUCUUGUUUUUUAAUUUGUCACAAUUGGUUUUUUUACCCCUCAUGUCCAAACUUAACAAACUUGUUAUAAGACCCUUUGUGGUGCUAAUAAUAAAUAAUAUAAAGUAUGUCCAAUGUCUAAGAUAAUCUAGCAUAUCUGGGAUAGCUGAAUGUUGGUCCCAGAUGAUGGGAUAAAGUAGCCAAGGUGAUACAGUUCAUUGGAUGAACCACUUCCAAUGUGUUUGCACAAUAUUUUGAAGUUUUUUUAAAAAAAGCUCCAUUUUAAGAUUCCUUUGAAUUCCAUCAGUGAAUUUAAUUUUUCAUUUUUUUCUUUAAUAGAACUAAGAAGUUAAAUAAUUUUACCUGUAGCUCACCAGCAGAAGUUAGUCCAGUCAGCAUCUUCUAUUAACUGGGUAUCUCCAGCCACCUUUGAUCAUUAUCAUUUGAGAAAUGUAUAAUAGCAAGAUGCUCUGCUUAUACCUUUAUGAGAGGUGCUGCAAAUCUGGAAGCAUUUCCCAUUCAGCUCAGCUUUUCGCUGGACAUGGUUUCAAGGCAAGAAACUUGGGCUGUAUGAUUUUGCCACUAGAUUAUUGAGCUGUAGCAGGCCACCACAGGUGCAGCCGCCCUCUGGAUUCAGUGGCUGAGCUAGAAUGAUUCUCCUGAUGCAGAGGGUGAAAGACAGACCAGCCUGUAAAACAAGUGAUGAUGUGCAGAAAAGACACAGUCUCCAUUCUGAGCCACAAUUACCUAUUUUUUUCUUUUGCAAAUUAUUUUGAUAAACAUUUGUAAAAGUUGUUUGGCUAAGAUAACCUAUAUGUGACAAUGUAUUUUUAGACCUCCUAGGCAUGAUACUGCAAAUCUCUUUUAUAAUUAACACCAAUUGAAAGGGACUGGUUUUUCUGCUGCCAUGCACAAGAGGAACAGGGACUCUUCUUGGUUUUAUGGCUCUUCCUUCUGGAUUCCUGUCUGGAUUUCCUUUGCAGACUUUGGCACCUGGAUUCCUAAGGUAGUCUUGGGUCCAUAGCUAAGAAGCAUCUCACUUAACAGUCUGCUAGGUUGACUCCAGUUCCUCCUGAGCAGAAACUGUGGUUGUCUUGCUGUUAAAAGGAUAAGAUUGUAUUCAAUGUUUUUAUCAUUGUUUUUAUUUUGAGCUUUCUAACCUGCACUUUGAGGUCUUUGCUUUUCUUUAAGCUUUUUAACCACAGAGAUACUUAUUACUAUUCCUUUACCAAGUUUAAACUUUACUCUUUAUUAUGAGACUUCAUUUAUGACACUUGUUUGAGGAUUUUUUGGGCAGGUGAUAAUUUGCCUGUCCCCCAGUUACUAAGGGAAAAAUGAAAAGUUUAAAAAAACAUGCUUUAUAAAACGCAUAACUUAUUGCUGAUUAUAAUUACUGGGUUGUUAAUUUCAGUCCUGUAGAUCUUUAAUUUUAUUGUUUAGAUAGGACUCGGUGACAAAAAUAAAAGCAAGAUAACCUCAUUUAGCAGUACAGUGGAAUUGUGUUUAAAUGUUAGCAUAUGUUUCUGCUUAAUAGUAGCACUUUAAUACCAUUAAACAUUUCUGUAUCUGAAAUACAUUUGUUCUGCCAUGUUGGUCACUCAUGAGACUUUAGAAUUCUCAUGUUGUUUGUGCCUGGAACUUAAAAAAACAACAACUCUCCAUUGGCCAUGUGAUUAGAUACCCCCAAAUGACUUCUGUAGAUCUUGUCUCAGUACUGUUUUGUUGUGUGAUUUAACCCCAAUGUGUUAGGCAUUCACCCGAGCUAUUAUUAUAUUGUAUAAUAUAACAUACCACUUUAGGACCUGUGUCAUGUACUAGAGACAUCAUGCUGCCAGGUUUUAUAGUGUGUUCAUAGCUGGGGAUUCAAUUCUUCUGUUUAUUAAAACCUGGUUGCAGUUACACAUCUCUCUCUCCUAUGAAAUUAAAACUAACACUGGUUUACUCCAUAUGGUAAUCUCUCCCUCUAGUGGCUGAAAUAGGAAUUGUUAGUUUUAGUUAAUGGGAGUAAAGAUUUCAUUAAGAACUGUUUUUAUCAUUCUGAGGCCUAUUAAUAUGGCUAAUUAACCUGCAUUGUGUCUUAGUGCAAUUUGGUGGAAUUGCAAGAAUGAUCACUGAGAAUUCAUAUGUGCAAGAUUACAGUUGCACUGUCGUUCUGAUCUGUGAUUUCUUAUCCCGCCAAAAUAAGCUUGUUUCUGUGCAUUCAGUUGCAGAAUCUUAACUUAAAAGAACAUACCUUCUGUAAGCAAAAGGGCCUGAAUUCAAAUUCUAGCAGUCUUCACCAGCCACUGGCAAUCUGUGUUGGAACUAGAAAGGCAGGGCCGGUUGAUAGGUCUGAUCUUCAGUCUCAGUACAGGGAACAGGCAGGCACCUGAUUGGAGGAGUCUGCUGUAUUGGCUUGUAUGAGAAAAUAAUUUCAGGGAGAAAGGCUGAAGAAACAACAGCCUUGACCUAAAGCCUGGAAAGUUUGCCUCAAAGAAUGGACAGCUUUGGUUAACACUAUCUUAAAUUAGGAUCAUAUAAAAGUGAUUCUGCACCAAAUUCAUUCCAAAUACAGUAUCAACUCUGGAGUCCUCAUGCAAAACCAUUUAAUCAUUCACCUCAUGCCAUAUCCUUCUUUGGUAUGAGCAUUUAUCUUGGCAAAUAAGAAACUAUAAUCAGGAUAAAUUUCUGUGGAGACAAUACCCUGUUUUACAAAGUGAAAGAAAAGUGUUAUGUCUUUUAUUGAAUAGGGCGUACUGCGGCCAACUUGUCAUAAUCUCUUGCCAGGACACACUAUAUAAUUUUCAUAAAUGUGAAACCAUGUCCGUUGUUUUACAUUUGGGAUGUUAUACCUGUUCCUUAUUUUUAAUUCACAAACUUGUAUUUUAUUUUUUUCCCCAUCAUAAAAAAAAUUGGAUUCUGGUUUGGAAUAUAAUCCUAUGCAAGUUUACAUAGAGGUAAAUCCCGCUAUAUUCCAUGGGACUUACUCCCAUUUGUAUCUGCAUCAAAUUAAGCCUUAGAUUUAGAUGUGAGGUUGUAUACACUUUUGCAUUUAAAAUGCAGGGUAAUUUUUUAUAUAAUGGGAGUGGUUGAAUCAGCAUUCAAGCAGGGCAGUCUGAGGCAAAACUUAUUUUUCUGCUUUGCAAAAUCUCUUCUGAAGGUGGCAUUAGCUUUGGAGAAAAAAAUUAAUGCUGCCAGCUCAAAAUCGUCUAUGCAUCUUGAUGUUAGCGACCUCAAAAAGGCUAAAUAAGAAAUGUUACUCUUACAUGUUAAUUAUGCUUUUAUAAUAAGCAGUUCAGACAGCCAUUCUAGUAUGAUCUGAAAAAGUCAUUCACUGAUAUAUCAUUCCAGAUCUGUGUCCUUAUCUGCUAUUUGGCAAUACUGAUGUGUGUAUGAUGCUUAAAAUGAUUGUAUUUUAAUGAACAAAAACAGAUGCAAGAGGGCAUUUAUACCUGUUAUAUUCAAAAGGGAAACCAGGAUUCCUAUAAAAUUAUGAAAUUCACUUACGGAAAGUAAAAGUGUUACCCUUAUGGCUUGUACUGUUUCAGGCUGAGGGGUUUUAUAUUUCCUAGCUCUACUAAGUGAAAAUAUCUGAGACUGAAACAGAAUUUAUAUACAUUUUUUUUAAUUUUAAAAAAUAUAUUGGAUUUUUUAAUGGACCAUUUAUGGGGAGAAGUGUCCACUAUAUCCAAAUUUACAUCAUUUGUGUCAAUUUAUGUAAAUGGUGUAAUUUUCAGUAAAACUUCAAUUUAAUAGAUAAAUGAUAAAGUCCAAAUGAAAGAUUUGUCUGUUAUAUCAGAGUCAGUCAGAGGGAGGGUUUACUGUGUGAUGCAAGCUAUUGGGUACUUUUUCCUCCAUGGUGUCUUGGAUCAAACUAGUGGACUAAAUUUAGCGUAACUUUUUUUUUUUUUGAAGUUUUGAAUUCUGAAUUCCAGGAUAUUGUAACUUGUUUUGCAAACAAGUUUACAGUUAUUUAAAAGUCCUGAUUUUCAGAAGCUUGAAAGCUGUCUUGAUUACCUUAUCUUUUUUUUCUUUAGCCUCCUUGUACAGAAGAGCUAGGGAAUUCAGUUAUGUCCAAUUGGGCAUAUACCAAAAAAGUAGAAAUAGGGCUGAAUACUUAUGUGAAGUAAAAGAAGCAAAAGACAAGCAAGCAAGUAAAAGUGAGCUUCAGAAAGCAAAAAAAAAUUGGUGUAUGUUAAUCAGGUCAAGACUUUUUAGGAGUGUAUUAAACAGACUUAGCUCGAAGCAAUAGUUAAGUCACUUUUCAGUCAUAUCCAUUCUAUAUCUCACUCUGUACUACAUCAGUCUGCAAACAUAUCCACCAGUAUCCAAAUUAUGAAAAAAUAAAUUGGAAGAAUUUCCAUUUGUACAUUAGCUGACAUUUUCUUACAAGAAAAGGAACACUGCAGAAAGAUUUGUCAGCAUUACCAGACUUUUUUUCUUUGCAGCUGUUUUACUAAGAAUCCUGAUUGUAUUAUUUAGCUGGUCAAAUCAGAAAACGUGUAAAGAGUGCUUAGCAUGUGCUAAAAAGUUUUUUUUAAGGGAUUCCAAAGAUCCCCUUAAAAGUCGUGCACAUCUUGUCAAAAAUAGCAAAGACACAAAUACAGUAUACUGAAGUAGCUGUAGAUAAUAUCAGUUGGAAGUACCUCACUUCAUUAUGUAAACGCUUCCUUGUGCUUCAGAUAUUGCUAGUAUCUUUGGUAUUCUCCCCUAUCCUGCAGUAACAUGUAGUACAAUACAAUGUUUUUUUUAAAUGUUCUUCUAUGAAUUUAACAUUGCAAACAGAAGAUCUUGUCUGUGAAAGAAACAGGGGUUUGUAUCUCAGGGCCAGUUCACAUUAGCACUGGACAAAGUAACUAAAACAAUUACAUGCUACACUGGUCAAUUCUUCAAGAUCUAAUGAGCCAAUGGUUCUACCUUUAGAAGCAUUUAAAAAUAAUUGCUGUGCUGUGCUAUGCCAAAUGUUGAAUUUAAUAACAACUAAAGAAAUAGUCCAUGCAGGAUUUUCUAGUGGUUAUCACUAUGAGUCUACGGCAUGCACUGAUCAGUUCUCUCACUCUGUACUUUCUAUCUAUCUAGGAUAUCCAUAAAUGUUGGAACAAUAAGGCAAAUAAAAAUAAACAUGGUAAGACCCUAUGCUUGCAAAGAACUUGAAUAACCUUAGCUCUAAUCACUGUAUUUAAACUUUAUUUCUAGCAGCAAAAAAACUUAGAAAGCCAAAAAUAAUGAUCCCUAUAAAAUAUAGUCAUAGAAGAACGAAAUUAUUAAACCCCCAUGAAGGAGCUUCACAUUAGGCUAAUUCCAAAUAAGUACUUAAAUAUACAUAGCAAACGAGUCAGGAAGAUAAAAGCCAAUUUAUUGUAUCCAACACUACCAAUUUUAGCUAAUUCAUUAAGGGAGAAUAUACAAAGCUGCAACUGGCCAUAAUGAGAGGAUAUAUGCAGGCAAUUUUUUUUUUCCAUAUUAGCUUGCUGGCUGUUUUAAAUUGCUAUUAAGCUCCAUUUGGAGUACAUUUCAAGUGAAUGCAAGCUAGCAUCUUGUAUGUAUAAAGUGUUACCUAUUACAAUAAAUAUGUAAUUCAGAUAAAUAGCAAGGUAGUUAUUUUUACAGACAAAACUACUCUAUUUACAUUGCUGACAGUGCUUUUAUUGAAAUUAGCCGGUGCACACAUUCUACACUUACUGAGUGACAUGCUAUGUAGAUUGACUUGUGUUUUAAAUCACAAUUGCUAGAAAUUAUUUUCAAUGUAUUUCUUUCCUCCACCACACCAUGUAGAUCUUGAAUUUGUAAAGAUUAUUCUCACUAAACUGAAGUAUAUAAACCCUGUUUGUGAUGUUCAAGCCUACCCAUAGCAAAGGAUAUACUUCUAGCAUGAUAUCUUAGUUUGAAAAUCCCAAUAUAUUUUCUUUGUCCCUAGCCAAAAAAAGCCUUUUGCUGUUUUGCUACUUUAAAGAAACAAGCUAAUGGAACUGCAGUGUAACCUUUCUAGCAUUUUAGUUUGCAGCUAUUAUGUACAAUAAAUACAAUGCAGGACCUUAAAUCUAAUACGCUCAUUUUAUCUUCUAUCACAUUAGCCAGUAUUUAAUGUAAAAAUUAGGGUUGUGCCACUCUAGUUUUACUCAGCUAUUUAACGGGAGAAGAAAAAAAAUCAGCAAGUUUUUCAGUUUUUACUAAAUUAAGGAAUUCUUUUACAAUUUUUAAAGGGGGAAAUCGUGUAAAUAGUGCUCUGAUUCUACAUGGUACUGCACUAGUCUAAGAAUACAAUUCCAACCCUAAACAAGUAUGUCCCUAACAAAUAUAUUUCGACCACAUAUGAACUACAGUGCAAGCUCACUUUUAAAACGUCUACUGCGAUUUCAUUUGCUUUGAGCUUGCCUGAGCUAUGGCACAGUUAUGUAUUGGCUCUGUAGCCAACUGCUACUUUUAAAGAUUUGGAAGCUACAAAACAAAACAUCCCAAUAAAUCUCUGGUAUGCACAUUGACCAGUGCUAGUCUGUAAAAUACUGAAAUGCUGAUUGCAGCUCUAUCUGUAAUGGUGCAGGGAUGGUGCUGACAACAUUGUUGCAUUUUCAUCAUUGUAAACAUAAUUAUUUUGUUUGUGGCCAUCUAUAUUAACUUGUUUAAAUAUAUAAAUAAAUUUUAUGACAUUUUA